AUGACGAGACAUCAUGAGCUCGUUUGGAUAAUUCUCGUUGAUUUUUUAAAUUCUUCUUCUUUCCGUCAUGAUGAUGUUGAUGAUGAGAAUUUGAACAAUACCUCGGAUCGUGAUGAACUUAUGAGAUUGGAAUAUUUAUUGAAAAUGAAAUUUUCAUUGCAACAAGAAGGAAAGAAGAAGUGGUUAUUGAACCGAGAAUUACAAUACAAAGAUUUCUUUCCAAUUGAGUUUAUUAAUGACAAGGAAUUUGUUUUGAAUCAAAUCAAAAUGAAUGGUUAUGGAUUAAAAUAUGCAUCAUCAAAACUGAGAGGAGAUCGAGAAUUUGUAUUGCAAGUGAUUCAAUGGAAUAGUUUUGAGUUAGAAAAUGCUAAUGCCGAGAUUCAGAUUGAUCAAGAACUGGCCUUGGAAGCUAUUAAGCAAAAAGAAUAUUCAUUGGAAAUGGCUUCGUUUGCACUUUGGAAAGACAAGAAAUUUAUGUUGGAAGCCAUUCGAUUGAAUGAAAAAUGUUUACGUUCUGUUCCCUAUGCACUUCAGCAAGACAGAGAAUUCAUAUUUUUCAUAUUUGAAGCAAUUAAACAAAAUAAGAACGCGCUUCGAUGGGUACCAUGUCAUUUACGCUCAAAUGAAGAAUACAUGUUAAAAGCUAUCAAAUUAAUAUUACCAGAAUUCGAAAAUUUAGUCUCUUUUGAACAUGCAAACAAAGAUAUCAUGAUGAAACUUGUUCAAGAAUUUGGAUUUUUGUUGGAAUUUUCUAGUGAUGAGCUCAAGAAUGAUCGAGACAUUGUUUUAGCUGCUGUUAGAAAUGAUGAUUUGGCUUUUAAUUAUGCUUCUCAUGAGUUGAAAAGUGAUAGAGACAUUGUAUUUCAAGCAAUCACAAAAGAACCCUUAACGUUGAAACACGUCCCAGUUGCAUUGAAGAAUGAUAAAGAGUUGAUAUUGGCAGCUGUGAAUCAAAAUGGUUUUGCAUUGGAAUAUGCUUCAGAUGAGUUGAAAAAUGAUCGAGAGGUGAUAUUGGCAGCUGUUCGACAAAAUGGUUUUGCCCUUGCAUAUGCAAGUGAAAUGUUGAGAAGAGAUCAAGAAAUUGUAUUCGAAGCGAUCAAAAGAAACAAUCGCGCUGUUAAAUACGCUUCUGAAGAACUUUUUAAUGACAAGGAGUUCUUAUUGAAACUGGCCAAGCUUGGAUGUAGAGAUAUGUGUUACUGUAUAUCAAACGAAAUUGUUGAGGACAGAGAAUUUGUGUUAAAAGUCACCAAACUCAAUGCUCUUGCUUUUGUAUUUUGA